GAGUGUGUUUCGUGUAUACAAAUAUAAGUUGUUGGUUUUAUGUCAUUAACUUAUAUUGUGACGUCAUUAAUCGAACUACUUGUACAUAUAAAUCUUCGAAAUUUCCAAAGUUCUGUUUAUAACUGUUGAUAAUAAUAAAACAAAAAUAAAAAUAUAUAUAAUUAUAUCAAAAAUGGAAAUAAAUUGUCUACCUUCUGUAGCUCACGCAUCUAAUGGUUUUGCCAAUAAUUCAAUCAGCGCUUCUAUCGAUGCCUUCUUUUCAUUCAGUUGUGUGACUGCUCUGACUGCGAAUAAUCUAAAUAAAAAAAUAUUCAUAUAGAUCACCAACAACAACAAAAACUAGGUAGUAGUUCAUCUAACGGAAAUUUGUUAAAUAAACAGUCGAAGGAUUAUUUGACUUGCUGGUCAAAGAUUAUAUUAUAUUGCUGUGCCUGUUUGUGUGUCACCUUUAGUACAAUGCUAUUCCUCCAAACAAAUAGUCUAUCCGAUUUCCUCUCAUCAUAUAUCGAAAAUAGCGACAACCGUUAUCUUAACUGGGAUGGCAAGUAUGUCAACCUCAGACCGCUUCUGUGUGGAUUUGCGGUAACAUUGUUCUCCUACUAUUUGGUAUAUUUAGACAGUAAGUUACCUGGUAUUAAUCCACCAUCACCGUUUUCUCCGCGAAAGAAAUUAUAUUAUCAUCAGCAGAGAAGUAAUCUGCACUUAGGUUAUCUAACGGCUUUGGCAUCUGGUGUAACAGUGAGCGUGCUGAUGUAUUUAAAUCUGGAUAUUUAAUUAAUGUUCAAGAAAUAUUCUCAUUAACUUUAUGAAAUUUAUGUAUUUAUAAUUAUUUGUUAUUGUAUUUUUAAGCUUAAAUGUAAAAAAUGAAGGGAGGAAGGAAUUCAGUACAAAAUCCUGUAUUAUAGGUUAUUAUUUAUAUAAUAGGAUAUGGGGAUUUAAGGGUAGCUGCCAUCUGGUUUUCCCUUUACAUCGGUUCCUAAUAAGAAUUCCCGGUACUUAUGUGUUUACGUCACCGCGGCAAAAAUUCCGUUAAAAAACCAAUAAAAAGCAACCUUUUAAACUUCAAAAAAA